UUCAGUCCACCUUCAGACCCCCUCCCGCGGUGAUCACUGUGGACCUGCUGUAAACUCUGACGUGUCCGGUCUCUGGUUUUUGAUCUGGUUCUGCUCCUGCUCUGGACCGACGGACUGGAUCUAGUUUUACUUUCGGGUGGAUCCCAGAGAGAUGAGUGAGAGGAGGCGAUCGGCCGCAGCUCUGAGCUCGAGAGCGCACGCGUUCUCCGUGGAAGCCCUGAUCGGCUCCAACAAGAAGAGGAGGCUCCGGGACUGGGGGGACAAGGACCUGGAGCUGUCCAUGGAGAGCCUGGCCGCGGAGCGACAGGAUCCGGCCCACUGCCUGGACAUGGACCCGGACUCUGAGACGAGUCCCGGCUCGGACGGAGAGGGUCUGGCCGAGCGCACGUCGUGCUCCUUCGGCUCCCCCGCAGACCUGGCCCCGGGCCCCUGUGACGCGUCUCCCCCCGCCUCCAUGGAGGAGAUCCAGGUGGAGCUGCAGUGCGCGGACCUGUGGAAGCGCUUCCACGACAUCGGCACGGAGAUGAUCAUCACCAAGGCGGGCAGGAGGAUGUUUCCUGCUAUGAGAGUCAAAAUUGCUGGCCUGGACCCCCAUCAGCAGUAUUACAUCGCCAUGGAUAUUGUGCCCGUGGACAACAAGAGAUACAGGUAA